AUGUCACUAAACUCUAUGUUAUUAACUUUAUUCAAAUUGUUAGACAAGUUGCUUGUCACAUAUAGCAUAUCAUGCUUAUGUCACACAUCAAACAUCAAGAUACAUCAUGCUUUUCACAAGCAUGAUGUAACACAACACGUUAAAGACAUAGUGCACUCAAUACUAACUGUUUCGGGAAAAAGUAGUAAACCAUUGUUGACAACACUUUUAAAGCCAUCAGAAUAUGCAAAAAAACAAUGGGAGAAAAAACAUGAUUUUGUCCCACUUAGCACUUGUCUUUUAACAGUAAACAGUGCUUUAGAAUUAUUGUUUAAAGCAGAAGAGGAACAAGUUCUGGACUUGUCUCCUAUAUGCAGUAAAAACAAAGUUCAAACUGUUACCAUGUCUGUAAAAAUGAUGGCAGAUGUUCUCUUUGGAUUACAUAGUGAAUUUGUGAACAAUUUGAAGACAAGUAGCAUUCCUGAAGUUAGCAAUUCAUUUGGAGUAGAGAAAACUAACCUUAAUAUUACAAAUUCAUCCAAAGCAAGAAAUAUCAAUAUAGAAGAACCAAAGAACGGUAAAUUGGAUUGCAUUAUGAAUUCUUCACACUGUCCUUCAAAUCUUGUUUUUGAUGAAGUGGUCUGCAAUGAGUUGGGCAUAUUAGAAAAAGAUUCUGAAAAAGAGAUUAGAAUACAUGAGGAAGAACUGCUAUUAAUUAGAAAAGGUGAAAAUCUGGUUAAACAGGGUAAUCAACUCAUCAAGCAGGGUGAGCGUAAAAUAAAAGAAGGGGAAUUACUGCUUCGUACUCAUGGAUCCAAUGUAAACAGUGUACCAUGUAGAGUGCCUAAAUCAUCUGCAGUCAAUACAUCUUUUACACCAAAACCUAGAAAGUCUUUUAUUAAGCUUACAAACAGGAUGAAGCGUAAAAGAACAGAUAGUCUUAGAGAACGAGAGGUGGAAGAACUGCAACAUGCUGUCAAAAGGUUUAAAUCUAAUUCUUCUACUGAUGGUAGGGCUAUUUUGUAUGGUUCAAAUUUGUCAUUGCAAGCUCUUUGUAAUUUGAAACUUACAGAUAGAACAUGGACUGAAUUUAAAAAUAUAGUGACUCAUAAUCGUCAUCUUGUUCCUCCAGGUUUAACCAAGUUGAAGCAAUACAAAAAAUUGACAUAUCCAGAACAGGUUGAAUAUUCUGAAACCGAAGUAAAAUGUAGUCUUUUCCAUAUGAUAAAGCAUUCAGUUUCUAGAGUGUUUGAAUAUCUUUUGGAUUAUGAAAGUAACUGCAUAAUGAGUUUAUCACAAGAAGAGCGUGAUAAUGCACAAAUUAUUUGCAAAGUAGGAGGUGAUGGUCAAAGUGAUCAAUCUGAGUUUCAAAAUUCAGCAACUAUGAAAAGAGGUGUAGAUGAUCGCUCUGUGUAUAUUAUAGUGUUUGUACUGCUGGAGAUCCGAAGUGGAGAAAAAAUAAUAUGGAAAAAUUUAAUUCCAAAUAAUCCAGAUGCAACCUGUCAUCUUCUUUUUUGUUUUGCAAAAGAGACCUAGUUUUAUUCAGGAAAAAUUUGAACAUUUGAAAAAUGAAAUUUUUUUUAUUGAAGAAUAUUGAAUUUAAACUUGGUGAAAGUACUUUUGUAGUAAAGUCUAGUUUGUCAACUAUUUAUACCACAAUGAAUGAUGGCAAAACACUAAACGCUGUUGUAUCAAAUAUGCUUAAAAAAAGAAUUUCAUCUCAGUCCUGCCAUGUAUGCCUUGCAAAUUCUAAGGAGUUUAACUUGAAAACUAUUUGUAAAAAAAAUAUUAAUUUAAACAA